AGAGGAGGAGGAGGAGGAGGAGGAGGAGGAAGAUGGGAAGGCGCUCCAGCAAGCAGGCUGCUGAGGCUGAGACGUUUGGCCCCCCUUAAGCCCACCCCAUUGAAAGGCAGAGGCAAAAGCAGACCAGGCUAGCAGCCAUGGGCUCUGUUGGGGGAGACCACUUCAAAGACAUCAGCCCCAUGGUGACUCCGGAGGGCAACGUGGUGAUGAGCUUCAGCUUCGACAGUUACCAGCUGGAAGAGGAAGAACUCCAGGCUAAAGCGUGCCAGGCCAAGGGGGUCCUGACCUUCAUGGAGCCAGCCUGUGAAGACCCCGAACCUCAGGACCGCUACCAUGGCAUUUACUUUGCUAUGCUGCUGGCAGGAGUAGGCUUCCUCUUGCCUUACAAUAGCUUCAUCACCGAUGUGGACUAUCUCCAUCACAAGUACCCAGGGACCUCUAUCGUGUUUGACAUGAGCCUAACCUACAUUUUGGUAGCCUUGGUGGCCGUCAUCCUCAACAAUGCUCUGGUGGAAAUGCUGAGUCUCCACACCAGGAUCGCCGUGGGGUACCUGUUUGCACUUGGUCCGCUUCUCUUUGUUAGCAUCUGUGACGUCUGGCUGGAGCUUUUCUCCCAGCGGCAUGCCUACGCCGUCAACCUCAUCGCGGUGGGAGUGGUAGCUUUUGGUUGCACAGUGCAGCAAUCCAGCUUCUAUGGCUACACCGGGAUGUUACCAAAGCGAUAUACUCAAGGCGUCAUGACUGGUGAAAGUACUGCCGGCGUGAUCAUCUCUCUGAGCCGCAUCUUCACCAAGCUCCUGCUGUCGGACGAGAAGGAGAACACCAUCAUCUUCUUCUUCAUCUCCAUCAGCCUCGAGCUCACCUGCUUCAUCCUCCACCUCUUGGUCAAGCGGACACAGUUUGUGAAGUAUUACACGGCCCACUCCAAGGACGGCGCGUUCAAGGGGGCCGUGGACCAAGGCACUGGAUACAGGGUCCACCACGAUGUCACGGCAGAAGGCAUCCGAUUUGAGAAUCGGCUGCACGGGCAAGAGCGUUCCCCUCCGGAUCCCUUCGGGCAGGAGGGCGAGUUGGCCGGCAGCGGGACCUACGUGAGAUUUGACGUCCCUCAGCCGAAAGUCAAGAAGAGCUGGCCCAGUUUCAGAGAUAUGAUGCUCCACCGCUAUAUCGUCUCCCGGGUGAUCUGGGCCUACAUGCUCUCCAUCGCCAUGACGUACUUCAUCACCCUGUGCCUCUUUCCGGGACUGGAAUCGGAAAUCCGGAACUGCACCCUCGGGGAGUGGCUCCCCAUUCUCAUCAUGGCCAUCUUCAACCUCUCUGACUUCGUGGGCAAGAUCUUGGCUGCCUUGCCGUAUGACUGGAAAGGCACGCACCUUCUCAUCUACUCCUGCCUGAGGGUGGUCUUCAUCCCGCUUUUCAUCAUGUGCGUCUACCCCAAUGGGAAGCCCUCCUUCGGCCACCCGGCCUGGCCCUGCAUUUUCUCCCUCCUCAUGGGAAUCACCAAUGGGUAUUUCGGCAGCGUUCCCAUGAUCCUGGCAGCCGGAAAAGUCAGCCCCGAACAGCGGGAACUGGCAGGUAACACCAUGACGGUGUCCUAUAUGACGGGGCUGACGCUGGGCUCGGCCGUGGCCUACUUCGCCUACAGCCUCACCAGUAUGUCCCACAGCACCUGCUUCCACACGGAAACCUACAACGGCUCCAUCACCGCAGGAUACUGAGCUGCCCGGAGGCAAGUUGGGGAGAGACGGCCGGUGGGAGGAAGAUCGGAGAGGACUUUGCGACGCUGCCUUCCCCACGGAGCACAUACACUCCGCCUGAACCUCGGUGCAAAAUAGGAAAACAAUGCUCUCACUUUCACAUUGGUUUCACACGGAGGAGCAACCCAUGGGGACAGAGGCUCUCGAAUGCUUCCCAUUCAUUUCAGCGGCAUUUGCAUGGGAUCAUGUUCCCAUGGCAGUUUCUCCCACAUGGCUGUUGUUAACGGCACCCACGUGCACUGUGCAAUCCUCUUCCUUUCCUUGGGAUGGGGAGCUUCCUUUUAUGUCCUCCGUGUUGCUUCGAUUUUUAAAAAAAAGUUGGGAGAAAGAUACUCAGAUGCUCUGACACAACUUGCUUUGACCCGUUCCUGAGCAAGAGUAUUUGGAGAGCAGGUGCAAAACAAGACUGGAAAAAGUGACCAAAUAAGAAAACGGCUGGCCCAAAAACUUGCUUCCAAAGAAGAAAGUCCAAAUGGGAUUAUUUCAAGAUGGAGAUUCUGGGAAUUGUCCUGAAAAGUAAGCGGUAAGAUGUCAACUCCCAGGGUCUUGUUCAUAAAACGUUCUUCCCCUGAAGCUGAUCUGUGUUGUUUUUCUCAUUUCUGUGCCAAGUUCCAUCCUACCUGUAAAGCAUCCGAAGAGGCGCACCUAUUUAACGUCAAUGGAGAAGGAGAGCAAAAGCUUAGUGCUUAAUAUACCUUCUGCUGGACCAUGAAUCUUAAAAGAUAUGGUUUAGACUACCUUACCAACCUUAGAUUUCCAAAUAACAGAGAUAUACAUAUUGCUUGCAUAGGUCAACGGUGGCCUCUUCCCAAGGUGCCAUAAAUAAACAGCGGCCACGGGGCAUCCUGUUCAGUAUUUACAAGACUGGAUGCCAGGCUUAAUGAUCUUGCAGCUUUGUGGGUCUCUUUAUGAUCCCAAAGUCUACUUCUUCAGCCAAGUAGCAGCCCAAUGGAAGUGUUCCCAAGGCUUAGCAGAUCACUGGGAAAUAAUGGCUCCUAGCCAUGGGUUCCUCCAGUUGCCCGUCUCUAUCUACCCACAACUGGAAGAAUUUGCCUGAUGCUAUUUCCCAUUUCCUCAGAACCCUUCUGUUGGUUGGAGGCAUCAGAAGUAGCUACGAAGACAGAACUCCAUCUCAUUGGAGAUGAAAACAUCUCAUUGGAGGUGUGUCUGCCAAUGCAGAUUUUGGCCAUGGAUUUUAUUGGAUGCUCCCUAGUUUUUUCCCCUUGUGUUUUUCUGUGUUUAGCUUAUAGCUGGGAACUAUGGCCAUGGUGAGAAAAAUGAGUAUUUCACCCCUCUCCUACCAGUUGCUUCUUAAUCGUAUUUUCUUAUGAAAAUGUUUUAAGAAUUCACACUAGUGGCAGGAGAUGUGAGAGGACAGGACAAUAGAGAAGGCCUCCUUCCAUGUCUUUGCCAUUGUUGGCCCCCAGAUCCCCAGCCUCUUGUCUUCUGCCAGUUCUCUGGUUUCGUUUUCUCUCUCUCCGAAUUGUCUGAGAGAACCACCUUGCUUCUUCAGCCACCGCAUUGCCUUUGCUAACCAGCUUUGUGUGCCACAUGGGCCAUUUCAAGUCCUCCCGGCCCACCCGACAGGUAUGGUGGGGCCGGCGCUUGUGCCAACUCAUGCUGCAUGCCCAGCUCCGUUUCUCGUUGCGACGUGGCCGAUCCACCCUCGCUCCCAUCCACAGCAGACACGGGUUGCAGGCUGGGUUGAGAACAACAGCCUCUUAGGAAAGGGCCAAGACUUUGCCUCCGUCUCUCCGUUGUGGAGUCUUCUGUGUAUGCCCACACUUGGGGAGUUGCUGAUCAAUAACAUUCAAUAAAAUUA